CAGUUUACUCAGCUGUAAAAGGUUUUUUUUUUGUUUUGUUUUUGUUUUUUUAGAAGUAACGUUAGCUAACCGUAACCUUCGUACCACUGAAGGCAUAAACCAUAAAAUUAUACGCGUAUGUUAGUUAGAUAUUACCGGCUAGAAAUGCCACCGCUGAAUUAUGUCAUUUAGUAUGGAAACGUAACUUCGUUACGUUUUACCCAACGUUAGAGACUUCUAUCUUGUUUUAGUUUUUUUUUUUUUAUAUAUAUAUAUAUAUAUUUUAAGAACAAUAAUGGCAAAUUUGUGUUAAGUUAAUCAUUGUAGGGAGGAAAGUAACGUUAAGGGACAAGGCCGACGGUGGACAGUUAUGUCUCUUCGACUAUCUUCGUGGCUGCUGCUGCUCUUCUGCCUGUUCAGACACGAACUCCCGGGAGCUCAGGCAGACUCGGUACCCAGUGCCGCAAAAACUUUAGUAUGGGGACCUGGACUGGAGGCAAACAUUGUGCUUCCAGCUCGGUUUUUCUACAUACAGGCGGUGGACAGCUCGGGGAGAAAUUUAACAGCAUCCCCUGGUGAGAAGACGUUUGAAGUGAAGAUUGUGUCUCCAGUGGAGGAGUUCACCAGGAUUUGGAUCCAGGUUCUGGAUCGCCAGGAUGGCUCCUUCCUGGUCCGCUACAGAAUGUACGCCACCUACACCGACCUUUACAUCCACAUUCUGCUCAAGAACAAGCACGUCGCCAACUCACCAUUCAUUCUCAAUGGCCCAGUCUACCAUGAGGGCUGUGACUGCCCUCAGUCCAGUGGUUCUGUAUGGGAGACCCACAUGCACUGUCCUCAGUCCUUCCCCCAGAUAGACCGGGACCUGGCCCUCUAUGCUAGUGUCGAUCCAGAACGCAAUGCCCAGGAGAUCCCGCAGCGCUUUGGACAGAGACAAAGCCUCUGCCACUACACUGUUAAAAGCAACAAGGUCUACGUUAAAACUUUUGGAGAGCAUGUGGGUUUCAGAAUCUUUAUGGAUUCCAUCCUCCUGUCACUUACCAGAAAGGUGCAGCUCCCUGAUAUGGAGUUUUUUGUUAACCUGGGUGACUGGCCGUUGGAGAAGAGGAAACCCACGGAGAAGAUUCAUCCUAUCUUUUCAUGGUGUGGCUCUAACAAUACCAGAGAUAUUGUCAUGCCCACCUAUGACCUGACUGAGUCUGUCCUUGAGACCAUGGGAAGAGUAAGUCUGGACAUGAUGUCAGUGCAAGCCAACACAGGGCCACCAUGGCCAGAGAAGAACGCCACAGCCUUCUGGAGGGGCCGCGACAGUCGCCAGGAACGUCUGGAGCUGGUCAAGCUCUCAAGGGCUCACCCCAACAUGAUAGAUGCUGCCUUCACCAACUUCUUCUUCUUCAAACACGAUGAGAGCCUUUAUGGGCCGCUGGUCAAACAUGUUUCUUUCUUUGACUUUUUCAAGUACAAGUACCAAAUAAACAUUGACGGCACCGUGGCAGCGUAUCGGCUGCCUUACCUGUUGGCAGGAGACAGCGUGGUCUUAAAACAGGAUUCUAGCUACUACGAGCAUUUCUACAACGAGCUUCGGCCAUGGGAACACUACAUCCCAAUCAGGGCGGACCUCGGAGACCUGCUGGAAAAGAUCCAGUGGGCUCGUGACCACGAUGAAGAGGUUAAGAAAAUUGCACUGACAGGUCAGCAGUUUGCCCGUAAUCAUCUUAUGGGAGACAGAGUAUUUUGUUACUACUACAAACUUUUCCAGGAGUAUGCCAAACGCCAGGUCACAGAGCCCAACAUUCGUGAAGGCAUGGAGCUUGUAGAGCAGCCCAGUGAUGACCUGUUCCCAUGUUCCUGCCACAGGACAAGGGCAAAAGAUGAACUUUGAUUGACCUGUCGUCCAGUUACGGAGCAAGCCUUCAUAUCUGAUAUACUGCCAAAUAUUUGAGUGUGGAUUAAUUAUAUGACUAUGUUAUAAAUAUCACAUUAUCUUGUUUUUUAAAAUAAAUAUUUGUCUUUUUGUAUGUUGAAAGAGAA